CUGGUUUUAGGUUACAGCCUCAACCACUUCAGUUUUUUAUCUUAUCUUACAAAGAGCCCCAGAAAUAGAAAGUAUUUUUUUUUCCUAGAGCUGGUACAGGGAAGAAAGACUGUUAUGAAUCUUGGCUGAGAAAUCUGUCUAUAAGCCAGUGGAGCCCAGAAGCUGUUCGGUGCUUGAAUUUCAUUCCUAUUUAUCCAGUAACGGUGACGACAGAGAGGGAAAAAAAAAAUCUCUAAUCAAAUGCUUGGUUGCAAAGCAUUUGUCUCUUAUUUUCACAUAUAUUUCCAGGCAUUUUCAUUUUCUUUAAAAGGUUGAUCUCUGCUGUGAUUUUCUUUCAUUUGCCUUGAAAUAUGCUUGCUGCAAUUUUCUUCGUACUGUUCGUGAGAACUGUAAAAAUCUCUCUCAGUUCCCAGUGCUAAUGAGUGACGAUGCUAAGAUACCAAAUUAUUGUUCUGUCUUCUGUUAAUAUCAAUGGAAAUCGAAAUCGAUGUGGGGGAUUAUAGCUCAGAAUGGCACACAGGAGGACUGAGACGGCGUGCUUUGGGGUAGUGACGAAAAAAAUUCGCAACAUUUUUAGGCACUUUCCAAAGUCAAAAUCAUGGUCAGAGGGUCUACAGCUUUUUCCAACUCCUAACCGUGAGCUACUGAGGAAGAAAGAUUAUACUUUCCCACAACUCUUGGACUGUCAGAGCCUUAUCCAGCUGGAGCAAAGUGAUGAGACGAAAUCCUUAAUCGAGACCCCAUCCCAUGUGAACGUUUUAAACCUACAUCAUAAGCAGGAGAAUACCGACGAUAAAGAUGUAGAAGAAUCAAUCUCAGAUGAUGGAAUGGGAUUGCUGGAGCUAUCUGCAACUAUACUGGGACCACGAGAAAGGAAAAGAUUAGGUGGAAGAAAAUAUAAACUUUUCUUGGAGGACACAGAAGCUACAGAUCUAGAAGAAUCAAUCUCAGGUGAUGGAAUGGUUGGGCUAUUGGAACUAUCUGCAACUUUGUGGAGACCAAAAGAGAGGAAAAGGUUAAGUGGACGGAAAACAAAAUUUGGCGUGGAUGCCCCGAAAGAGGAAAAAAAAACCACUACUCAGGAGCUGAGGCAGAAAAUAGAGAACUUCAACAAGAUGGUUCAAAAUGGCCUAAUCAUGAAAAUGGCUGAUGAUGGCACUUAUACAGGAUUCAUUAAGGUGCAUUUAAAUCUCCGACAUCCAGUAACAGUUACUGGUGGCUCUCAGUCACUGUCUAACACGAUGAAGGAGGUUUUACCAAAUAAGGUAGCAGAAAACAAGACAUCAUUCUUUCUACCAUUGGAUGCGGUAAAACAGCUUCAUAUCAGCAGCGUGACAACAGCAAGUGAGGUCAUCAGGGGACUUCUACAGAAAUUUCAGGUUCUGGAUGACCCUCAGAAAUUUGCACUGUUUAAGCAGAUGAAGAGAGAUGGUCAAGUUCAUUUUCAGAAGCUUGCAUUGACAGAACAUCCUCUAUACUUGCGUCUUUUGGCUGGACCAGAAACAGACCUGCUGAAUUUUGUAAUGAAAGAGAAUGAUAAAGGAGAUGUACAGUGGGAAGCCUUUACAGUUCCGGAGCUUCAAAAUUUCCUUCUUAUUCUGGACAAAGAGGAGCGAGAAAAAGUACACCAGGUGCACACAAAAUAUGAUACUUUUCGUCAGCAUCUGCAGAAUGUACUCACGGAGGCUACAAGAAAACCCGUAUAGCUUUAACGCAUUUGGGAAGAAGCAAGAGGACACUGGGAUCUGUCUUGGUGGUCUACACUGGCAGAACAUUUUUGAGGAGGAGGCUGAGAUGGCAUUCAAGCACUAUCUGCCAUAUUUUGCAACCUCCUACCUCUAAAGGAUCAUAUAAAGUCAUGCUGGGCUCAAAUCGUAAUUCCCUAAUUAUCUUUAGAAAUGGUGCCUUCAUUAGUAAAGUUGAAAUCAGGGGCAAUUUGCACUUUCUGACCCCAAGAUAUCUGCUUUUUUGGACCAUAAAGUUAAUCUCCAAAUGCUCAGGGACUUCAAUCUGCUUGGGUUAUUUUAUUUCCCACCUAAUUUAAGUGAACUCUUUCCCUGAGGUUCACUUUGCAAUAAGGCACUAGGGUCAAUAUCAGGUAACCAAUAUGAAGAGCCAUAUGCAUCUUCUGCGAGUUUCAUGACCCAGCAAGGCUUUUAUGUCAUCUCUUCUUCCCUCACUCAGUAGUCUUCUUAUUUAUUUAUUUAUUGCAUAGUGAGAUUAUGCUACUGAUAAAAAAAAAAAGGCAGCUGAAUGCUAGCUACUUCAAUGUAUUUUUAUGAUCUAAGAACCAAACUUAUUAUAAUGUGUUUUUGCAAUGAAGAGAAUGAAACGGAAAGAGCAAGCUGUGAAUCCUACCAUGUGGCCAUUUAUGGUUGGGACUCUACCUAAUGGCAUACAAGAGUUAGAAAAAUAAUGGUUAUUUGUUAAAAAAUUAUUUACAGUAUCUGAAUUUUUUUUUAAAUUUAAUUUAUGACAUAGGUGAACAUCUGUACAACAAAGAUCCCAAUUAUUAUUAACUAUAACAUGCUGUAAACCAAUAAAUAGAUAUCUAUAUAAAUAUGCACUUGGAUACCAUAUUGGCAAUUUAAGGUGAGGAAAACAUUCAACAUACUAAGGAAGAGAUGGAAACUUGCAGUAAAUGUUUUUCUUUAUUUUUAAAUUAAGGAUUUUGUUGCACUUUCAUAUCUUGUUUGCAGAGCAUUGCCUAAGUGCAGUUAAUUUAUUGAAUGUCGCACUGCUAAUUCCAACCAAAUGUCUUUUGAUAAAUAUAGGCUUUAUUGUAAUACAUGACUGGUUUGUCCCUGAGCACAGAGAUUAUUUUACCCUAAAUCUUGAGCACCGGGUCCUUAUUCUAGUUUUGUGGGUGGUCAGCAGUUAGGACAUAAACAUUACCUUCAUUAGACCCCAGGCAAGUUCUUAAAUGUAUUAGAGUAUUUAAUAGCACUGCUGUUCCGUGUACAACCGAGGCUGUUUGACACUGGGAAGAGACUGAUGAAUGUGCUUUGUAGAAUUUUCUUUAAUAAUAUAUUACUGUUGAAAAAUGGGGCCUUAUAAAAAAAAAUUAUGAAUGGAGAAUGAAUUUCCAAUAUGACGUGCAUGAUUUGGGUACUGUCAAGAAUAAGAUGCACACUUCUACGUGAUGGGAUAAACCUGUAUAUAAUUGAUUACCCCACCAUAAAUAGGUAUGUCCAUUUUUGUUUCACAAUUCUAAUGCCUCUUGUGCAUUGUUUUUACCUCUGAAGAAAAAAAAAAGCCAUUUAAUGUCAUAACGCAACAGCGAAACCAACAACCAGAACUGUACUAUACUUGAAGCACUUCCUCUAAACAGAUUUUACAUAGAAUACUGUAUUAUAAGUGCUGGUAUAGAAUUAUAUUUUUUUUCAAACAGGGGCUCAUUUAAAAAUUGUAAGUUAAUUUACAGAAGCCUAUCUGGGUUCAGAGUCAUUUUAGGAGACAUUAAGACGUUUUUAUGGAGACAUUAAGCAAAAAAAAACCCCCAAAAAUCUAUUCUAGAAGUCGUUGCCAAUCCCCAAUUUAAUGUCAAACUGUUUAGGAUUGGUUUUACAUAUACCAGGGCUGCCCAGUGCAUGGAGACCAUCCCAUCAUUGAUGAGGUAUUAUCAUUGUUAAUUUUGUACAGCAGCGAUUGGCUAAGAGUGCUGGGGGCAGGUUAGCCCUAGUGUUCUCAGCAUUUCAAUGAAGUCCUGGUUGGGGCAAAGUUGCAGAUGAGGUGGGUGGGAGGUCUCCAGAAACAGUU